AUUGGCAGGGGACGCCAGACAAUGCUCCCGCCGCCCCUGUCUGCGUCGGAUAGAGCGGGGGGAUCGCUCGUGUCGUGGUGCGGGGCAUUUAUAGUGACAUUCACUCCACGUUCCGAUUGAAUGGCGAAGGCUUUAUCUUUGUUGCUCGGUUCGCCAUUUGCGAGGACCCGGCCAGCCACUGCCAACCCCCGUCAGCCGCCGCCGUCGACCGCACUCAUCCUUCACGACUCUUACGACUGCUACGUAGCCAGAAAAGAUGAACAGCUCACCAGUUACCGCAGGUCUCUUCGCAAAUUGGCUCGACGACGUCAAGGCGGCGUUCCUCGAAUUCAUUGGGACGACUACCUUCUUGCUCCUCGCCUUCGGUGGUAUUCAGGCGGCCAGUCCAGAGAUCGAGACCAGCUCUGGUGCAGGAACAUCCAAUGUCAUACACAACAUGUACAUCGCUCUCUCGAUGGGCUUCAGCCUCCUCAUCGCCGUUUGGAUAUUCUACCGCGCUAGCGGAGGAGUCUUCAACCCGAAUAUCAGUCUAGCGCUAUUCCUUGUCGGCAUCAUUGGGCCUCUCCGCUUCGUGCUGUAUUGCAUAGCGCAAUUGGUAGGCGGCAUCGUUGCUGCUGCGCUUGUCCUCGCGUUGACUCCUGGAACACUCCAAUCUGUCACGUUUCUCGCACCAGGGGUCAACCCAGCGCAGGGUGUGUUCAUUGAGAUGUUCAUCACCGCGGCCCUUGUACUCGCCGUGCUGAUGAUGGCCGCGGAGAAGCACGCCGUCACGCCCUUCGCACCGGUCGGCAUUGGCCUUACGCUUUUCGCAUGCCAAUUGUGGGCUGUGUACUACACUGGCGCUGCUAUGAACGUCGCUCGCGCUUUCGGUCCUGCAGUGGUGACGGGAUUUCCCCAUGGCACUCAUUGGGUGUACUGGGUGGGUGACGGUCUCGGGUCGCUGCUCGGCGCUGCCCUCUACAUCAUUUUGAAGCAGAACCGCUACUGGCUGUUGACUCCCGGCCAGGACACGACUGACCCCAGUCAGUCGCCCAUCGUCCCGCUCCAGGACGGUGUAUCGGUUGGCCGCCGUUCGGGUUCCCGCUCCUCUAGGCGGUCGGGUUCUUCGCGCCGGAGGAGUACCGCCGAUGAUACUUCGCGUCGUGAGAAGGAUGCUAUUGCCCGCGCGAAUGGUGACGCAGGUACCGCCAAUGUCUCCUCGCAUGGCCGGACGCGCGUCAACGACAGUCCCGUCUAAGGGAUUGGCCAUCCACUCAGUAUACGUCUAUACUUGGAAUCAAGGAACGGAAUGUCGAGAUCGACCGCAGUCAUAUGAAUGAAGCAGAUCAUCCGAGCGACGGAACUAGCUGAUGGAGCGUAGUAUGAAGUACUGUAUACAAUACCUACGGGACAUUACUCUCAGUUGGCCUGUAACGAUAUUUGGUUCCUCGCACCCAUCAUUGCAAUGUAUAAUCACCGCAUUUCUACUGUACUUAUAUGAUGAAUCAGUCUCUCAAUGAAAAAUA